AUGAACGCCGAGCCGUGCGUCUCAUACAGCGAUAUGACAUCCAUGGAUUCAUAUUAUAGCCCCUCUGCAGCGCCAGGUAGGGAUCAUCACCACCACACGGACCACUUUAGGACAUUCCCAGCCUCUGACACCAAAUACAGCCCCACUGCCUUCCUGCCCAACAAAGGUCAGGCGUACGGAGAAAAGUCCCGGAGCCCCUUCCAGCAGCAGCAACAGCAGCAGCAGGAUUGCCAGUCAUUGGAUGCCGCCGCAGCUGGGCAAGACUCUUUCAGCAAAUACCACCUCUUCAUGCAGAGGUCUUCUUGCAAAACACCCCCUGAGGAGGGCAAACUGCACCAGGAGAGCGGACACAACGGAGGGAUCAUUCCGUGCUAUGGUAAAGACAGUUCAGGUCUGACAGACUCUGACUUGGCUCCAGACUCUGAUCCACCUGGAAUGGACCCCAGCUACCUGUCUGUGAAGGAUCAGGGCGUGAAGACAGCCUCUGAUAGACCGCCAGGAACAGACCUGCCUAGCCCUUUGGAUAAGGGCGAUGGAGGCGAAAGCAACAAGGGCAAGAAAAGACGCAACCGCACUACCUUCACAAGCUACCAGCUGGAGGAGCUGGAGAAGGUUUUCCAGAAGACGCACUAUCCUGACGUGUAUGCCCGGGAGCAGCUGGCACUGAGAACUGACCUGACUGAAGCAAGAGUGCAGGUUUGGUUUCAGAACCGAAGAGCAAAAUGGAGGAAAAGAGAGCGAUUUGGCCAGAUGCAGCAGGUCCGAACACAUUUCUCCACAGCCUAUGAGCUGCCUCUUCUGACACGGCCUGAAAAUUACGCACAGAUUCAGAACCCUUCAUGGAUCGGUGGCAGCAGUGCAGCAUCUCCGGUGCCGGGCUGUGUUGUGCCCUGUGACACUGUGACUCCCUGUAUGACACCUCACCCUCACUCUGCCAGCGGGGUGUCUGAUUUUCUGGGAGUGCCAAGCCCUGGAAGUCACAUGGGUCAGGCUCACAUGGGCAGCCUGUUUGGAGGAUCUCCUGGCAUGGCAACCAGCAUCAACGCAUACGAUCUCAACAUGGACCCUGACCGCAAGUCGUCUAGUAUCGCCACAUUGCGCAUGAAAGCCAAAGAGCACAGUGCAGCUAUAUCUUGGGCUACAUGAUGUGCUGAUACCUGCUGCAGGGCGGAUCUUGUUUAACCCUAAGAUGCUCACACAACCCAGUAUGGGGGAACUACAAUGAAAAAACUCUAAAUGCAACAGUGACUACCUUAAUAAAUGUUGCUAUAAAAUAGUUCUGAAAACAAAUAGCUGAGUGGAGAGAAAACAACAUAAGAUUUGGUUAUGAUAAGUGGUGUAGCACUGCCAUAUUUCUCAGUACCUCUGGUGGGAGAAAGCAGCUACAGAGGGAAAGUGAGCUUUGUGCAAAGCAUGUUGGGAGUUGAUGCUGAUGUGCAGAGAAAAUAUUGAAUAAUUUCAAAAAAAUCGAUGCACUUAUUUGUUAAAUGAUGGAUUUUGUACAGUGCAUUCAGUGUUGCUAUAGAUCUCUAUUCAGGUGCUGUUUUAUUCUUACUUUAUUAUUUAAAUUGAGUGUUUUCAAUUCUUUUCCCAUCAGUCUUUAUGUUUCUGGUUCAGUAAGCAUCCAUAAAAUACCCUUAAGUUCAAAUGUCUUUGUUAUAUGCCCUGUACAUAUUAUUCUAAGGUGAUACCUACCAGCAUUAACAUAUGCAGGAGUGUGUAACUUACACUGUUACACUGUUAUGAUAGUGCUACAGAAAUCUCUUUAUAUUCAGAAUAUAUGCCACAUUAUGAAGCCUCUCAGAUUCAAAACAAACAUAUUAGUUGCUAAAAAGUUUGAAGUGGUCCAACCCUAUAACAUUUACAAGUCAAACAGAUGAAAUGUGGUUUGUUUUAGUUUGGUCAGGGCGAGAA